CCAAUCAUACCAUUCGUUGUUUACAAAAACUGACUACAAUCACGAAAUCGUUUCUCUGUCGAAUUUGCGGAAAGAAGACAUCGAGUUCAUGCUGGCUAGAGAGGACAACUGCGAAGAUCAUGUCGGUUACAAACUGGACUUUUUUUGUCAAGAAUGUGAAGCGGCCGUCUGCCUUGUGUGUGUGACACGCAAUCACUGUGAUCACAAAACGAUUCCAAAUGAAAAGCAUUCGACAACAGCUCGAGCCUAUUUGGAGGACCGACUUGAAACGUUAGACACACAGGAGCAAACUCUGUCUUCUCACCUUCAAGCUUUAGAGAACAUUGCUGUUAAGACAAGAAAAGAAGGGGAGAUAACAAUAGAAGAAGUCAAGGAGAAGGCAAAGGAAAUCAUUGAGAAAGUGCAACAACAAGAGAGAGAAUUGAUAGAGGAAAUCCAAAAAAAAAUUGAAAAGAGUGAAGAAAGUAAAAAGGAAGUUCAGUGCAUGCUUGAUCAGAAGAAGAACGAGAAAAGAUACAUUGGUCAGAUGAUUGAAAAAAAAAUAGCGACGAGAAAGACAGAAAAAAUGAAAGAGAUGGGCAUUUAUGCUAAGGAUAUUAUAAUCUUGGAUGAUAUAGGGGAUAUAUAUGACUCCCAAAUGACAUUUGUUAUGAGCGAAGAGUACUCGAGAAUGUUAAAUGCACAAUUCGGGACGCUGGCGACACUGGCCGGAAAACCGGAGUACGAAUACGAUAAAAAAUCUGGUGCAAAGACAAAGGAAUACUUAAGUAGUAAAACAUUUUAUUCCGGUUUAAUCAAAGAAAAGAGAUCAGACCUGUGUUACGAGAAAGAAAUGAAAGACUAUGAGGACGAAAGAGGUGUGCGCUGUCAGAAAGACAUUGUCAAAUGGAAGGAGAACAUUCUCUCACUAUCUGAUCAUCAGGAAUGUCAGAAAGCUCAAGUAGAUGAUUGGAAAGAAAGAGGUAAAGGCUACAUGUAUGAGGACUGUAAGGAUGAAAGUGUCAAAUGCAAGGAGGACAUUCUCUCAUCUGAUCAUCAGGAAUGCAAGAAAGCCCAAGAAAAUUAUUGGAUAGAUGUAAGUCCUAAAAAGAAAAAAAAGGCUAAAAAACUAAUGAGGAAAGAAAAAAUUGGUUCG